UGCAGCUCGGCGCCUGGAGAGCAGCAGCGGGCUCCGGGCGCAGCGCAGCGACUCUCGGCGUCUCACUUCCAUGUUGCCUCGUCCGGCCGCGGCGCUUCUGGCCUCCCAUCGACAGCCAAUGCAGCUCUGCGAGCCCUGGAUGGGACUACAUGUGAUUUAUGUUGGGUAACGGGGUGAAGCGGAAACUGGACGAGGAUGAGGACGGGCUGGAGGAGCACAGGGGGCUUGUGGGAGACGGCGGGGCGGGGCCCGGCGGCCUGUCGCAGGCAUCCUACACGCUGCAGCGGCAGACGGUGCUCAACAUGUCGCUGAUGAAGCUGUACGGCCCGCGGACGGGCGCCGACCUCGGCCUGCGGCGCCGCGUCCUCAUCAACAACGUCGUCCGCCGCAUCCACGACGACUUCAGGCAGGAAGGAGCUGUCGGCGCCUUCUUCUUCUCCGUCCCGUCCGCCGCGCCCGCCGCCGCCCCGGAGGACGAGAGCUGCCGGCAGCCUCCUCCGUCGCCGCCGUCCUUCGGCGUCCUCUCGUCGCCGCUGUCGGCGCUGGACUCCUGCCUGACUCCUGCCUCACUGCUGGAGGACGACCUGCCGCUCUUCUUCACCCUGCCGCCCUCCUCCUCCUCCCCCUCAUCCCACCACCACCUGCACCACUCCCCGAGGCCGCCGCCGCCCUCGCCGUCGCCCAAAGACAGCUUCUCCUCGGCCCUGGAGGAGAUUGAGGAGCUGUGCCCGCCCUCGUCGCCUCCUCCGGCGGUGGUGAAGGAGGAGGCGCGAGGCUCGCAGGAGGAGGAGAGCUGGUUGUACAAACUUCGUCUUCCCUCUCCGUCUCUUCCUCCUCUCCCUCCCGCCCGCCUCGGCCCCGCGGACGCCUCGCCGUCCUCGCCGGGCUCCUUCCUGACUGACUUUGCCCUGGACGACGUCCUCUUUACGGACAUCGACACCUCCAUGUACGACUUCGGCCCGUGCCCCGCCCCCUCCGGCGCGGCGCCGUCCAAAAUGGCCGACGAGCUGGUCAGAUCCAUGUCGGGCUACGGGGCGGCGGCGGCGGGGGCGAGCGGCCAGAACCAGCCGUUCAAAAUGGACCUGGCGGAGCUGGACCACAUCAUGGAGGUGCUGGUGGGCAGCUGAGGGGCCGGGGGGCUUUUCUAAUGAGUCUUUUUGUACAGUAAAACAACAGCGUGCUUUACUGUGGCCUCGCUCCGGGCCAGACGAGUGAAGGCGCCGCCUGUGGCUUCUCAACAUCAGUAAAUCAUCACCAUGACGACUGUCAGCCUCCACGACGCUGCUGAGCCGCACGUCAGGAAGUCUGUCGUGUUGCUUUAGGGCACAAAACAGGAAGUGGGCGCCCAGAGUUUCUGCAGCGUCAGACGGCGGACGGAGCGAACGGCCGACGGAAAAAUCACUUCCAACACGUCGUUCACGUUCAGGGAGGGGGAGCAGGGACAGGAAGCAACGGGGCUGAUGGGAAAUGUAGUUCCUAAUGUGGAGAACCAGGAGCACUGACCGCUGGCAGAGAGAGGCUGACAGUCGCCGGCGGCGUGAUCUCACCGGUUCGACCGGUGCAGCAACACAGAUCUGAUGAUGUACUGAUGUUUAGAAAUAACACACGCAGCGCUUUGACUGAAACUGCCGAAAACUGUUGGAAAUACACAGUGAAGCUGUUAGCACUGAAUGAAAAUCUACCGCAUGAAUGAGGCACUUGCAUAGAUAUAAUGUAGAGGUAAAAAAUAUAUAUAAACCAGGGAUGGGAAUCACCACGAUACGAAAUUAUUAUCGCGAUACUUAAGUCACGAUACGAUCUGCAAUUUUAAACAUUUUGCAGUUUUUUUUAACAGGUUUUGCAAUUUUUGUUCAACUGCAAAUUGUCACCAAAGGAAAAACUUUGUCAGCAUCGGUUUCGUCUUCUGUUUAAAUCUCACUUUGAUUAUUUUUAUCGCAGCAAAACGGGACAGACUGAACACCUCCGUCAGAAAAACCUGUCAGAAAUGUUGCAUCAGAUUUUGGCGAUAAAAUGUUGACACACAAAAUAUUGCGAUCAUUUUCUGUAUUGAUUUUUUUCCCCUCCACCUCAAGUAAAAACACACAGUUGGGACUUUUGUGGACUUUCAUUCAGUGCAGUUUGGUGUAUCUCCGGUACUUUUCCCCAGGUUCGUCCGCGGGUUCCUUCGGCCAUGUUAAGGUACUGUCCAGUUUUCCACCGCUGUCCGAGAAUUGUAAGAAACAAAACGCAUCAUCAGAGACUUUUUACCGUCUGUGCAUGUUUUUCCAAAUGAGAGGAAGUCUCAUAUGCAUUUAAAAAAAAAAAAAAAGACAAUUCAGUGCCUUUUUCUACAUCUGUCAGUCGGUUAUGUUUCGUUGUCGCUCAUCAGGCAGCAACAUGAGGGAAGAGUUUUAUUUCAAAAUGCCGCGCCGCCGUCAGGACGUUCCCAUCAGCUCGUCGUUCGAUAUCCGGAAAGCGCAGAGGAGUCUCCCUGCAAAACGAGGUUCCACUUUGCCAACAAAGGAGUUCGUUAUCUGCAAAGAUUUUUGUGCCGUCAAUCAUUUUUAACAGUCGUCUCGCCUGUCAGAUGGUGUUGAUCUGCAUUUUGAAAUGAAACUCUUCGUUUCUCGUCGUCUUUCCAAAGCUGGGUUCCUCUGCUGUUUCGUGGCGGUCGAAACGCUCCUCCUCCUCGUUGUUGUUGACACGAUGUCGGCGAGGUCAGCGUCGCGGCUCUGCGUCGCGCUUUGACCGCCGACGACAUCGACUUUGUCUCCUGAACGCCGUCUGUCUCGGUCUCCGCGGUUUUAGUUUUACCGAGGUUUUUCUGGGCCGAGCCGCUCCGGAGGCAGAAACAGCCUCGCGCCUCCCUGCAGGAAACAAACCGGGCAACAAAGAAAUGAUCCAACAUAAAAUAUAGACGUCACCGACUUUUCCCCACUCAGUCAUAACCACAGCACUCAUGAUGCUAACCCCAACAGCUGGGCUAACCAGCUAAACUAGAUAACCACAGGCUAGUUUGUUUAGGUUGAACUUGCAAGGUGAGCUAGGCUAACUAGCUGAGUUAAACCCAUUUUCCUGCUAAACUUUAAAUUAAAAUCACUCUAGCUCAUUACUGAGGCGUAAAAAUACCUGGUUUACAAGAAUAUAUACACAUGUACAAAACAGUGAAAGUAUAAAAUAGAAAAUUACACUAUGUGGUGGAUCAUCACGGGUUUCUAGCCAUUAGCAAUUUGAUUUUUUGAAAUUACACCAAAGAAGCAAAACUGUUUUUCACGUACAAACAUCCAAAUGUGUAAAUGUAUUAUUUCUCUUGUAGAAGUUUGAUUUUAAAAAUGCUGGCACUGACGACGGGACGUCUAAGGCCUGUUUGGGGCAAAAACAUGGACGCCUGCUAAUGCUAAUGUUGAAAACGGCUAAUAAGAGCUACCGUUACAUUUUCGAAAGGUUUAAUCAGCCACUGCGUCUGCAGGUUGACUGAUCUAAAAACCACCUGUGCAUCAAAAAUGAAAUUUUUCUCAAAACACAGCGUAUUUAAUUUUUAUCGUUGACAGAAAAAAAAAGGUUGUUCUGUUUGUCUUUUCCUGCCAGGAGUUCAGAAAUCCUGGUUGGAAUUAAAUGCAUCAUUAUAAUAUUUGUUCAGGUUUGAUGUUUUCCUGCAGCAGAGCGCCGGGUUAGCUUCAUGACGUUAGCUUCCUCUCAUCUUACGAAACUAAUUCUCAAGCUCCGCCCACUGAGGUUUAAGUAACCAAUGGGAUUAUGCCUGCCUCUGGAGUGGCUCCGCCCCCUCGUGAUCGUAAAGCUGCAGUCGGCUGCGGGACGUCCGGCUUCAGGAAACGUAAACGCUGAAGCAGGAAACCCAGCAGCCCCGAGCCCAAACUCUCUGUACGCUCUGUUAUUUAUUAUCUCUCAGCGUUAGUGUACAAAUAUUUAUUGUAACUUUUGACACUAAUAUUUUGUUUGUACAGAACAUGAAAUGUAUUCCGCUGAAGGGGAAUCCCACCGAGACGUGACACUGCAGGUCGAAACGUCACGACUUUCCCUGAAAACUCCAACUAAACUCGGGACUUUUUAACGUGAAAAAAGUCAGACGUCAUUUUUUGGUGGAAAUCUCCUUCAUGAAAUUUAUGUCAUUUAAUAAAUGAUUGGAUUUUAUACUGUGUAAUAUAUUUUAGCAUUUCAGCAAUGCAAACGCCCUCAGUUGAACCUAUGCCACAGCCUGCGCGUGUGUGUGUGUGUGUGUGUGUGUGUGUGUGUGUGUGUGUGUGUGUGUGUAUUAGAGAGAGUGCUGAAGUGGAGAAACACUCUGAAGUUUUGCUGAUUCCUUGGCCUGUUUCAUCAUCUGGGCUCAGUUUUCCAAAACCUUUAAUCUGGAUCAGAAUUUGGCAGAUUUCUCUUUUUUUUUGUAAUCCAGGAUCAGAUUGAGAUUACUGAUACAGAUUCAGUUUGUUAAAAUGAAUAAACACACAGCAUUACCCUGAUCCAGAUACAGGAAGAAUCUAGACAGUCAGUUUGCAAAGACCAGCCUGGCCCCUGGUGGACACAUCGUGUUACUACAGCUCAAAAAAAAAAAAAAAAAAAAAAAAAAAAAAGAGAUGGAGAAGCAGUUAAGUUUACAAAGAUUUUAAUGAGAAAAUUAUCCCUUUCUGGUUAUAAAAAAAAAUAAAUAAUUUAUUUAAAAAAAAAUCAGACUCCUUUUCAAAAUUUUCAAAAAAAAGUCCACCAGAGUAGCUGGUAUCAGAUAUUUCAUCCAUUUAAUCAAAUUUAAACAUAACAUUUAUUUCAUAUGAGCUCCUCCUGUCUGAAUCCACCUGAAGUCUGCCAGUUGGACCAAGAGCAUACAAAUAAAAAUUAAAUUGAA